AUGGAACUCUCAGAGGAAUGGAAAGCUCUAUUACCUAUCCGUCAUUCCUUCAACUCACCCCUUCUCUCUUCUUCUUCUUCUUCGUUUGGUCCUCUUAUCUUCAACCCAAAACCUAAAACCCUUCCUAAAACCCUCUUCUCUUCUCCCUCUUUGUUCCCUCCUCUCCCUCCUCCUCCUCCCCCUGUUUCCAGCCUCCCUCACUUUCUCUCCACUUCUGCUUCUAUCCCUUACUGCAUUUCUUCCUCUAUUUCAUCCUUCCUCUGCGAUGACUUUGUUGAUGACCACCCCCAUUCCAUCUCUUCUUUUUUGUCUCAUAAUCGCCUCUGCUUCCUGCCUUGUCCUGAUCAAAAACUUUAUCUGCUCUUCUUCUCAACUGGCCUCAACCAUGACCAUAUCGGCUUUUUGGUUAUUCACAUUCAAGACAAUGAACUUAAGGUUCUUGGUAAUGAUGGUGGUGACGUUUUACUUGGUGGCAACCACUUGAAUGGUCACAGGAUACGGAGGAUUUUGGUGAACCCGGAUGGCGACGAAUCGGAUCCUACUGUCGUUGGUCAAUUGAUGGCUUACACUAUGUAUUCCGUUCAUUGGUAUUGUGUUAAAAUUGUUGAGUCUAGCAAAGUUCCUGUUUUGCACUAUUUGGGUUCUAAGUUGUUCAAGAAGUCCAUUAUAGGCUGUUGUUGGAGUCCACAUUUGUAUGAGCAAAGUGUGGUUUUGUUAGAAAAUGGUGCAUUGUUCUUGUUUGAUAUCUCAGAGUCUAAUCUUAAUAGGGAAAAAUUGAGAGUUUCAUGGGAUCAUGAUUUUUCAACCGGUUCAGGCAAAAAAUGUGAAUGGUUGGGCUGUGAGUUCAGUUGGCAUCCGUUGAUUUUGAUUGUUGCACGAUCUGAUGCUGUCUUUCUAGCUGAUUUCAGGCCUUAUAAUAAGUGUGAAGUAACUUGUCUGGCUAAGAUUCAGAUGUUUAAUCUGAGCCUUGGUCAUUCUGCUAGUGAGAUAGAGAAGGAACGGUUUCUAGCGCUUUCUAGAGCAGGCUCGGAUGGAUUCCAAUUUGUUUUGGCUUCUCGAAGCUCAUUACUUCUGUGUGAUGUUCGCAAGCCAAUGAUGCCACUACUGCACUGGGCCCAUACUCUUGAUAGUCCAUGCUACGUUGAUGUAUAUCAAUUAUCCGAACUGAGAUCACAAGCAAGGGAUGAUAGGUAUGGGUGGGCAACCGCAUCGGGUUUUUGCAUAUUACUUGGAUCAUUUUGGAAUUGCGAGUUCAACGUUUUUUGCUAUGGUCCUUCUUCAUCAGCCAGUGAAGGAUCUGUUGUUGGUAAGGGAAUUUCCAAGUUUUGCAAACCCUUUAUAGCAUGGGAUCUUCCUUCGGAUCUCUUAUUGUCUAGCAGGGAUUGUCCCUGCGGAAGCUGUCUUGUUAAACAAGAAGCUUUAAAGGAUGCUCUUCCCGAAGGGGUCGAUUGGCGACAGAAGAAAGAAAUUGUAGUGGGCUUUGGAAUUUUGAAUAGGGAAUUUCGUGAGCUGAUGUCUGAAUCAGAUGAAUUUGGUGGGUUUACUCUCGUGAGGCUAAUGUCUUCCGGAAAGAUUGAAGCUCAGCGGUACUGUGCCUCAUGGGAUUCGGUGAAGAAAUCAGAUGUAGCCCACACACAAUCAAAAGAAUCAUGGCUAAAUUUUGGUGGUGACUUACUAUACUCUUUUUGUGAUGCAGAAUACAAAUUUCAUAAAAAAUUCAAAUUUUUGAAACUUGACUAUCUUAAGGGGUAUUUGAAUGGCAAGCUGGCAGAAAUCAUAUAUUCCAAGAUGAAGAUGCCAUCAAAGGGUCAUUUGGAAAAGGAAAUUCUUAGCAUAAACUCUCAUGAAAUUUUGUGCAAAAAGUUGAAGGCAUGUGGCUUUGCACGAUUCAAGAAUUCCCCUGUCAUUGGUCUAGAUGACAUUAGCGUGCCAACAAGCAUAUAUGAAAUUGGUUUGAAACAAAUGUGGGCAACCUUACCCAUGGAACUUUUACAGCUGGCCUUCUCUAGCUACCGUGUGCCUAGUGAUGACAAUGAGUCGCCUUCGGAAUUUUUAGCUGUUCCAGACAUUCCUCAGUUGCCUCCUUUUCUCUUAAGGGAUCCUUCAAGCCAUAGCAGCAGCAGUAAAGUAGUGCAGGCUAAUGAUUCCAUUGUCGGUCCUCUGCUUCCUCUUCCUGUUCUACUCACUCUUAAUGAGUUUCGAAAUGGCCGUCCCAAUGCACAAGCAACGUGUGCAUUUUCAUCAGAGGUGGAACGACGCCGUCGAUGCAAUGAAGUCUUGAAAGUGGUGUCGGAUGAUGACAGAAAUGAGAAGGGGGUUGACUCUCAAAAAUCAAAACGUUUCCUUGUAUACCAUCCAGAUCCAGUUGGAGUUGAAGGUGAGCCCUCUGCCAAGGAACAACUACAGGGAAACAGUGUUUAUACAGACAAGAAAUUCCAUAAAUUGAUUUCCAAAGUGAAGGAUGAGGGACAAGGUAGUUGUAGUGGUCCAACAGAUGGUGCUGGGCUGGAGCUUUUCGAUGAUUUGUGUCCCAUCAAGUUAGAGUUCAAUGCUCCUGCCAUAACCCUUAGUUCACAGGAAUUAAGAGCAUUGAAGACGAUGAAAGAGCAAUUCUCAAACUGGCAAAAAGGUUUUAAACCAUAUCAGGAACUACGCAAUCGUCGCAAAUUUUAA